CACCUAAAAGAUUCUUCGAAGGCUUCUACCUGGCCAACCGCAAAGUUUUACCAAAACAAAUUUUUAAACAAAUAAAAGGCAAAACUCGGCGUGUUCAGGUACGAGCGGGCGGAUUACUGGCGCGGCUAAAGACACACGCGUAGAACGCGGCUUCUGCGCAUCGUAUUUAAAUUUACGCGUGCGACCAGAACCAGAAUCCAAGUAGUCCGCAAGAAUCAGCGUCCGAAGAUGGAUCCUCCCGAUCUUAACAACGCCGCGAACGUAAAGGAAGAUCUUUCCAUGGAGGAGUCCGGCAGCUGGACGAUCCUGGGAAAGCGGCCAACGGUGAGCGAGGAAAGCAGCGGUGUGCAAAUCGUGGAAUCCGAUUCCGAAAAGGAAGACCAGGAACCGGCCGUGGUGGCCAAAGGCGAAAUCUCGCCAAAAGGUGGAUGGAAAGCGGAAUCGCAGCUGGAUGAAUCAUCCGAUGGUAUAAGCGUUAUCAGCGAGAGUGAUAUAACGAGUGGCGAUAAAAUAGUCGACCAGGAAGACGACGGUACAUCCACGCUACACUUUACUGAAACGCUAAAUCUAAGCAGCACCUAUGAACCCCUUACGCCCCCAUACACUCCGACCAGCGCGGCUACGGCCCACGAGGAGUUUAAGGAGAAAAGCCUGCAAGUGCAGAAAACGGGCGACGAGAAUGCAUUAGAGCCAGUUCAAUCCGUCGUACCACUGUCCCACGAGCCGGUUAGCAACGUGAAAUGGAUCGUUUUCAGCGUGCUGGCUACUGCGAUGGCCGCUAUUAUUCUGGGCAACUCGAUGCGCGUGAACAGUCGUGUGGAUGAAAUCAACUUUGAGCACGAGAAGCGCAUUUCGGAGCUGGAGCUUGAGAAUAACAUCUUGAAGCAGGAAAUGAACAAAUUGCGCCACAUGUACACACGAUCCGAGCUGGAUGAGCAAGUUCAGCGGGCUGAAUUUGAAUGGCAGGAAAGGUUGCGGAACAGUGAGCCAGACGACCUAGCUUCAGAGGAUGCUGCACCACAAUCGGAAGUCCCGGAAAGUGAACCAAUUCGAAAAGUACCCCCGCAAGAUACGGGAGUGAAGAGGAAGGUUGUGUGGUCAGGGGAUGAAGAGGAACCAAUGCUAAUCAUGGACAAGGACUAUGUGUUGCCUGCCUUUUGCUACAACCAGGAUCGGGCUGUGCAGGACGAUCUGUUCUUUGAGUACAGUGCAAAGUAUUGCGACGUUAAGAAACGGAAAAUCGAGGCGAAGCAGAAAAAGGCAGAAUUCAAAGAGAAACACCAGAAGGCGACCAAACAGGAUAAUUACAAUAAGUACAUCAACAUCAAGCCCAACCAACAGCAGUCCAGUGACGCCCAUGCCGGCGAUAGCGGACGACUAGCUUCGCCUUUCAACAUCGACUACCAGAAGGCGUUUGAUGCGAUUAAAGCCGAGGGUAGCGUAAUCGUGGAAGCUCUGGGUAGCAUACUAGAUCUUUCGCCAGAACCCGAACCAAUGUUGCCGGCGAAGGUAGUCGAAGCUUCGGAGCCACCUAUCGAAGCGGUCACACCUCCCGAAAUCCAGCAACCAAAGUCACCGGCACCCUUCGAUGGUGAUCGUCGGCCACAAGAUUCGCGCGAAUACCAAAAAUCCACAAAACCAGCUCGCGAUGAGAGGAGAGAUGAUUACCGUAAGAAAGAGGAUGACCAACGCAAAUCCAAAGAAUAUAAUGGAGAGCGUGAAAAAUAUUACAAAGAAAAAGGAAAGGGAAAAGAUGGUCGCAAGGAGGAUGGAUAUGAUAAGAAGAAACAAAAGUACGAUGGUCAGAAACGACAUCACGGUAGCGAGGAGCAUUCAGGAGAGCAGGAUAAGAGAAAAAUGCAUCAUCAAAAUGGCAAAUCUAACGAGCAGCAUUACAAAAAGCGAUCGCAUGAUCACGAUGAUCAUGAUAAGGAUUAUCGUAAAAAGUUUGAAGGCGGCAAACACGGUGACCACGGAAGUGGCAAGCAUGGAAGUGGAGAACAGUACCGUCGUAAGCACUGGGAGUCGGACGAAGGAUCGUAUCUUGAGCAAUACAAACGGGACGAGUAUCGGAAGGACAAACGAUUCGAUCGUGACGAAGAGCGGAACGGCCAUCAUCAGAAGAAACACGAGGGCGAUUGGAAUGGCAAAAGGUAUAAGGGACGAGAGGAGUAUCGUGAAAAACGUGAGGGUGAGCGUGGUUCCGGCCAAUGGCAGGAACGUAUGAAAGAUGGUCGACAGGAGGCCAGAGAUAGUCAGCGGAGGAAAGCUGAAAAGGAUAACAACUGGUACUUGGAGCGAGCGAAUCAGCGGGAAGAGGAACGUAUCUUUCAGCAAACGUAGAACUAAAACUUUGUGGCCAAUGGUAUCCGCUUUAUCCGAGUGUUUUAAGCACUCGCCCAUAUCUACGCUUUCCCGUGUAGAGUCUUAAGUAUCUGAGUGCAACAAUAAACUUGAUUAUGUGAUAUAACUAUUGAGCAGA